GGCCGGCCCGCGAAGAGGGAGCCGGCCCGGGAGCAGCCACAACGGCAGCGGGGACGGGGGCGCCACCGCCGCGAGCGCCCGACCCCGCGACUUCCUGUACGUGGGGGUGAUGACCGCGCAGAAGUACCUGGGCAGCCGCGCGCUGGCGGCGCAGCGGACCUGGGCGCGAUUCAUUCCCGGCCGCGUGGAGUUCUUUUCCAGUGAGCAGCCCCCCAGCGCCGGGCUCGGCCAGUCCCCGCCGCCCCUGCCUGUCAUCGCACUGCCCGGGGUGGAUGACUCCUACCCUCCCCAGAAAAAGUCCUUCAUGAUGAUCAAGUACAUGCACGACCAUUACCUGGACAAGUACGAGUGGUUCAUGCGCGCCGACGACGACGUCUACAUCAAAGGUGAUAAGUUAGAGGAGUUUCUUAGAUCCCUCAAUAGCAGCAAGCCUCUGUACCUGGGGCAGACUGGCCUGGGGAACAUUGAAGAACUUGGGAAGCUAGGACUGGAGCCUGGGGAGAACUUCUGUAUGGGGGGACCUGGCAUGAUCUUCAGUCGAGAAGUUCUCAGAAGAAUGGUGCCACAUAUCGGCAAAUGCCUCCGAGAAAUGUACACAACUCACGAGGAUGUGGAAGUGGGAAGAUGCGUCCGCCGUUUUGGUGGGACUCAGUGUGUCUGGUCUUAUGAGAUGCAGCAACUGUUUCAUGAAAAUUACGAGCACAAUCGGAAGGGUUACAUCCAAGACCUUCACAACAGCAAAAUCCAUGCAGCCAUAACACUGCAUCCUAACAAAAGGCCUGCAUACCAAUACAGGCUGCACAAUUACAUGCUCAGCCGAAAAAUUUCUGAACUCCGCUACCGAACCAUCCAGCUCCACAGAGAGAGUGCUCUGAUGAGCAAACUCAGUAACAGUGAAGUGAGCAAAGAGGACCAGCAGCUUGGCGUGGUGCCAUCUUUCAACCACUUCCAGCCCCGAGAGAGAAAUGAAGUGAUAGAAUGGGAGUUCCUGACAGGCAAGCUCCUCUACUCAGCCGCUGAGACCCAGCCUCCUCGACAGAGCAUCAGUAGCAUUCUAAGGACAGCACUGGAUGACACUGUUCUGCAGGUGAUGGAGAUGAUCAACGAGAAUGCCAAGAGUAGAGGAAGGCUAAUUGACUUCAAAGAAAUUCAGUAUGGCUAUCGCAGGGUUGACCCCCUGUAUGGGGUGGAGUACAUUUUGGAUUUACUACUCCUGUAUAAGAGGCACAAAGGCAGGAAACUGACAGUGCCAGUGAGGCGCCAUGCUUAUCUUCAGCAGGUGUUCAGCAAGCCUUUCUUCAGAGAAAUGGAAGAGCUUGAUGUCAACAGUCUUGUGGAGAGUAUUAACAGUGACACGCAAUCAUUCUCCUUUCUAUCAAAUUCUUUAAAGAUACUAUCUUCUCUCCAAGGGUCCAGAGAAAUGGGAGGACAUAAUGAAAAGAAAAUACAUAUUCUUGUCCCCCUUAUCGGAAGGUAUGACAUUUUCUUGAGAUUCAUGGAGAACUUUGAAAACACAUGUCUUAUCCCAAAGCAGAACACAAAGUUGGUCAUCAUUCUUUUCAGCCAGGAUUCGGGCCAAGAUUCCGACAAGCACAUUGAGCUGAUAAAAGAGUAUCAAAGCAAGUACCCUGCUGCAGAAAUGACUCUGAUUCCUAUGAAGGGUGAGUUUUCCAGAGGCCUUGGUCUUGAAAUGGCUUCUUCACAGUUUGACAAUGAUACUUUGCUGCUAUUUUGUGAUGUUGACUUGAUCUUCAGAGGAGAUUUUCUCCAGCGAUGUAGAGACAAUACAAUUCAGGGACAACAAGUGUACUAUCCUAUCAUCUUUAGCCAGUAUGACCCAAAGGUAACCAAUGGGGGAAAUCCUCCCACUGAUGAUGACUUUGUGUUCUCAAAGAAGACUGGAUUUUGGAGAGACUAUGGCUAUGGAAUCACUUGUAUUUAUAAAAGUGAUCUUCUGGGUGCAGGUGGAUUUGAUACCUCAAUACAAGGCUGGGGACUGGAAGAUGUAGAUCUGUACAAUAAAGUUAUUGGCUCUGGCUUAAGGCCUUUCAGAAGUCAAGAAGUAGGAGUGGUGCAUAUUUUCCAUCCAGUUCAUUGUGAUCCUAACUUGGACCCUAAGCAGUACAAAAUGUGCUUAGGAUCUAAAGCAAGUACUUUUGCCUCAACCAUGCAACUGGCUGAACUCUGGUUAGAAAAACAUUUGGGUGUCAGGUACAAUCGAACUCUCUCCUGACACCCCAGGCAACAAAUAUUGCCUUUUUAAAGGGGAGUUUACCUCAUUGUUUAUUGUUAUUUUUAUUUUAUUAUUGUAAUUAUUAUUGUUAUUAUUAUUGUUAUAAUUUUAUUUUGUUGUCCCGGUCUUAAACUACUCUUGGUUGUCUUCCAAAGGGUGUUUUUUGACCUCAAGAAAGAAGAGUCUGCCGUUCACUGCUAUUUCAGAGUUCUACUGAAGUCAAUAUGUGUAUUACUUUUUAUAUAUCUUUAUUUGAGAUUGAGUUAAAUCAUGGCAAUCAAAUGACUUCUGAAGCUCAUUCAUCACAAGAGACAGCUUAGAAGAAUGUUCUCUUAGGGCUUAAAGAUGCAAUAUGACUCUUAUUUUGUUUGUCAAAUUCAAUGUGAUACAAAUAUUUACUGGUGAAAGGUACCACAAAAGUGCUUUAUGCUUCCUAUGGGGAAGGGACUCUGUAACAUAAACUUGAGUUUUGUAAUUUAUACAAGGACUUAAAUAUAUAGACAAUAAUUUUCUUCAUCUUUAGAAUUUUUAAAGUAAAUGAACACUUAUGAUUGUAUGUUUAUUUUUUAAAAAAAGUUUUAAAAAUUGAGGAGUUUUGUUCCACAAGCAACCGGUACUGGCUACCCUGGUCUUAUGACAUUAUGAACUCCUCGUAACUGCUAUAAAUGCGAAUGAACUUUAUUUUCUCAAGGAAAUAUGAUUUAAUUAAAUAUUCAUGUACAUUUUAGAAGCUUUAUGAAACAAUGUCCUUCAUUUGCUGGCAAGAAGAUAAAAUAUGACAGAACCUGUUUAUUUAUAAUAAAACACAGGUAUAGCAGUAUUCUUUUUCAAAAGCACUGAAAAAGUUUUGUCAUUUUCUUUUGGUCAUUUUCAAUCUGUUUCUAAUGGUCAGCCAUAAAAUAUGCUUGUUGCACAAGCUGACAAUGUUAAGAAGGGAUUAUGAGUAUAUUCUUUCUAUUUCUUCACUCUGGAGCCUCGUCUUCAACACAAGCAGUUUCCUUAUUCAGUGAUCUGAAAACUGAAAGUAACAUUCUUCAUUGGUCUGUACAGCAUGAGAAGCCAGUAGAUCUGGAAUAGUCCAGAAACUAUCUUUAAUUUAGUUGGAGUUAUCUGAAAGACAUACCAAUUACUAGGGAAAUCACAAAUGUGACAAUAAUUUUACAUUAUAAAAUAAGAGCAAUACUUCAUCUAAUUUCCAAAUUCUUUCUGUCUUUGAAUCAAUUCAGUGGUGUCCAGUUUGUAGGAAACCAUCGUCACUUUCAACAAAUGCAAUUAAAAAACUGAAUACCAUGCAAGAAUGCAAGAAGACACAUUUUUAAAAUUUCAGUUGUGAAAAAGUAACAUAUUUACAUGUUUUGAAAGUCAAACAAAAUUGUAAAAUUUCAAUGUUCACCAGCCUCUCUGUCCAUCUGUACAUAUGUUCCCAUGAUCACAGUUAACCACGGUUUAAAGUUUGUGUAUAUUUAUAUAUUUCCUCCCAGAGUUUCUGAAGUAGGAAAGAUACAUGUUUUAUUCUUUAUAGUCUUUACACAACAUUUUAUGCUUUUAUUUUCAUUUUGCACCUUAUAAGAAAAUAUUUGGCAGCAAAGUUAAUUUGAAGGUGAUUGUCAUAAGUUGUUGCCAUGUUUUUGAACAGACACAAGGGCAUAUAGCAUUUGCUUUAAAAAUGAGUUCUUCACCUGUAGCAACCUCUCAGUGGAGAUAUUUUGGGGUUUCAAAACUAGCAUUGCUUAACAGUGGGAAAAACAUGACAGUAAUCUUCUUGAGCAUAACAUAGACCUUAAUAAUGUCAAGUUCCUUAGAGAGAAAUUAGUGAGAAUUUUAGUUUUUAAAAUGCUAAUCUUCACAGGGCUGACAAUUCCGAACUGAUCUCUGCUCUAAUAUUGUCUGAAGCCUUCACAGCCCUUUCUUUAAUAGCUUGUUUUCCUGCACUAUAUGACAGCUGUUUUGUGGGGUUCAAUUUUAUAAACAGUUAAGUAUAAUAACAUUCAGUAGUGAUAUUUAUUUGGAAAGGUCUAUUACCAAACAAUAAUUAUUAAUAAUUCAUUAAUGAAGAAAGGAAAUAGGAGUCUGCUCUUUAAUUUAAAUAAUUGAAGUGUGAGGAUUUUACAGAAGAAUAAAUGUAAAGGACCAUUUAAAAACAUUCCAAAUCCUGAGAGUUUGUGGCAGCUCUCAGAGGAUGUCUUUUGCUGUUAUACUACUAGAACUACACCAAAGAAACAAUUAAUUAUACAUAAUGCACACUAUACAGAAUAAUUA